AUGAUGUACCGCUGCUUGUUGUUGGUGAGCAAUCUGUUUCUAUUUUGGAGCGGUAGCUUACUUGUUCACAACAGACAAAAUCGGUGCUCUCUCAAACUCGCAGGAUUUGCCCAUGCAAUGAAUACCGAUUGUACUGUGUGCCACAAUGGCGAACGAGCUCGACGGGGCCUUCGAGAACUCAUAGGCCCAGCAUUCGAAACCCUCGCCUGGAAGUCUUUUCAGGCUGUGUGCCAGGAUAAGCUCUAUACCAUUGCAACGUAUGCCGACACACACAUCUAUCAUGUGAUCACUCCCAUGCCCACCACCGCAGAUGAUGCCAACAAUGAUGAGGACGCUGCUGGUUUCUGCAACGAAAAGCUCGUGCUCCACGAUGGUGGGGAAACGGGAAGAACCAUCAUUGUGGAAGAAGCUGGAUAUCAGUCUGGUAGAGACCAGGAUGAGGAUGACAUCUUCCACUUUCAGGGAUCGUUCUCACUGAAACCCAUCUUGCAAGCAUUCCACAAGGCCAACACCCUCAUGCAAGAUGAUCCCCAGGAGAGUAUUAAGAAUUCCUAUGACAUUCUCUACAACAACUGCGCUACUUUCAUUCUGGGUUUCAUGGAUGCUUUGGGUUUGGAGCCUGAUCAACCCAUUGCCCAAUACAUUGCUGGAAGGCUGGCACUGAAUGGAGGUCACACCAUCGAAAUCUUACGAGACAGCCAGGAAUUUCAAGCUCUCUUGCCCCCCAAAAUGACUACAGCCUUGAAGAAUGAUGACAUGCGAAACAAGGAAGACGAGAGGGAGCUAUUGCAGCUCCUUGUGGAAUACUACAUUCAGAAUCGAGUCAAGGUGGAACCGGUUGUUUUGGAAUCUGAGGAGGCAACAAGUGCUCCCGACACUUCUACUCAAGCAUCUGCAGGUGGACACGUCACCUACCCCCGGAGUCUUCGUCGCUACUUACAGGCUUCCAGUCAGACUCAAGACAGUGCCACCUGCGCCCUUUGCUAUGGAGGAGCCAGCCCAAAUCCAAAUGGCACUGCACUGUCAGCAUGGGUCGAUGGCGUUGGGUACACAACCUGCGAGGACGCUCAAGUACUUGCCAAGGACUUUCUUGACGGAUCCACCAGCUGUACCAUAAGCCAAAUCUCGGGAGUAGCACACUGUGGUUGCCCCAACCUACCUCCCAUCAACCCUGACAUUGGGUGCAACUUUUGCGGAAACGACCAACCCAGCUACGACAUUGAUUUUCACAAGAGAAUGCCACAGUUUCUUGAUGCUGAAAGCGAUAGCGAGCAGUUCCUCUGUUUCGACGCGAUCAUGAUGGCACAGAACUAUUCGUCCAGCAAAUGUGAGGACUUUCUCUCCGCUGGAAGCAAGUACUGGUGUGGAUGUCCCAAUGCCACAAAACCACCUGCCACGUGCAACCUGUGUUUGGAUGGAGCCCCAAUCCCUGAUCCUUCCCUGGAAGUAUUGCCUGGUGGUAAAACCUGUCAGGAUGUAAUUGACAUGAUGGAAGCCGGAUUCUCGGACAAAUGUGGAGCCUUUCAAGCCACAGCGGGUGUUUACUGUGGAUGUGAGGCCAAUAUAGAGCAGGCAGCUGGUGAUGUUGGGACCUACGAUCUCCAGUUUCGUGAUACCCCCUGCCGCAUCUGCCCGAAUGGGGCCUUGCUGCCAGACACUAGCCAAGUCAUCGAGAUGUCAUUUUGGAAUAAUGGCAUGCAACGAAGAAUGGAUACUUCCUGUGGAGAGAUCGAGUACUUUGCGAAUGCCAUGGACAUGUGCAACGAACCCAGCACGUUUAGCCAUGCUCCUUUCUGUGGCUGCUUUGUGGAAGCCAAUGACACUGUCGGAGAUGCCAAUGACACUGUCGGAGAAGCCAAUGAUCCUGCUUCUACUACUAAUGCAACAUCAGGCCCCCAGGAGGACGAAUCAAAGAGCCCUGCAGUUGCCCUUUUGGGGGGGCAGUUGGUCAUGGCAAUGAUGAUGACACUUUCUGUGAUCUGGAUCAAUUAUUAUUGA